AUGGCGCCAUCCAUUCCGCAGGUCGCCAUCAAACCAGAGAAAUGGCCGCAGACAGUGUAUUCGACACCUGAGCCUUCCUUAGCAAAGGCUGAAGCGGACAAGUUGCUUGCCAUGAGAUUUGAUCCCGCUUUCUACCGCAGUGCGUACCUGCAAUGUAUGGGCCGUGGGCUUUCACAGAAGGACUGCAUUGCGAGCCUGUCGGCUGUGGACUCCAAGAUCACGCCAUCUGGUCCACUGUCCGACCCUGCUGCCAGCGACGCGAUGUCAAGCGCCAUUGCCUGCAUAAGUGCCAACGGAGGUGAUGUGGACAAGUGCACCACGCACUUUGAUGCUCUUAGCAAGCUUGCUGGCUACAAGGAGGAGGAGAAGAAAACCUCCGUUCAAAAAGCUUCCGAGUUCUGCUCAAAGGCUGGUUGGAAACUGAUCGCCGUGCCUGCCCUGUAUGUUGGCAUGAAGUUCAUCAAGAUCAAGUGA